AUGGGUCGUGAAUUAGAAACCUACCCAUCUGAAACUACCACCGGAAUCAGCAAAAGAAACAGCCGGAACCAACUGGACGACGGCGGAGGUGUGGAGUGGUCCGGGAAGUCUUGCCGAUCUUGCACAGGGAGGGUGAUCGCCGACUGCGUUGCGGUGUGUUGCUGCCCAUGCGCCGUCGUCAACUUUUUCACACUCACAUUUCUCAAGCUUCCAUGGAUGAUGGGGAAGAAAUGUUUAGGUAAUAUGAGUAAGAAGAAAGAGAAGAAGAAGUUGAAAGAUGAGGAGAAAGAUGUCAUUUCAAGAAAAGAGAAGGGAGAGAAGGUAGCAUCGGGAAAAGUGAACGCCAUUGGAGAAUAUGAUGAACAAGGAGGAAGCCGUAAGUACAGUGCAAGGUUUGAGGCUGAGAGGGUUUGGUUGGAAUUGUAUAGAGUUGAUAAUUUGGGUUUUGGUAGGGUGUCCUUCAAUGGAAUCCAAUCACUUGAGUAA